GGAGGCGGAGCUAUACCCGCCGAGCCCCGCCCCGAGCCUGCGUCUGCCAGUUGUCCAGUCGCUUCUCUUUCCUCGUCGCGAAGCCAUAAGAAGAGUAAUUAGUGAAGAAUACUGGCGGGCUGCUCUUCUCAGCGCUCCACGCCUCACCAUGCUUGUUCUCCGAAGCGGUCUAACUAGGGCUCUGGCCGCACGGAUGCCUGCGCCUCAGGUGUGCUCAUCUUUUGCUUCAGGCCCCAGACAAAAUGAUGGGACGUUCUAUGAAUUCCGUACUUAUUCCCUUAAGCCUUCAAAGAUGAAUGAGUUUCUGGAAAAUUUUAAGAAAAACGUACAUCUUCGGACAGCUCACUCUGAAUUGGUUGGAUACUGGAAUGUAGAAUUUGGAGGCAGAUUGAAUAAAGCGUUUCAUAUUUGGAAGUAUGAUAAUUUUGCUCAUCGAACUGAAGUUCGGAAAGCCUUGGCCAAAGAUAGGGAAUGGCAAGAACAAUUUCUCAUUCCAAAUUUGGCUCUCAUUGAUAAACAAGAGAGUGAGGUUACUUACCUGGUGCCAUGGUGCAAAUUAGAAAAGCCUGCAAAAGAAGGAGUCUAUGAGCUGGUCACUUUUCAAAUGAAACCAGGUGGGCCAGCUCUGUGGGGCGACGCGUUUAAAAGGGUAAUCCAUGCCCAUAUCAGUCUAGGCUACUCGAAACUAGUAGGAGUCUUCCACACAGAAUAUGGAGCACUCAACAGAGUCCACGUGCUUUGGUGGAGUGAGAGUGCCGACAGCCGUGCAGCCGGGAGACUUCAGUCCCACGAGGACCCCAGAGUCGUGGCAGCUGUGCGGGAAAGUGCCAAUUACCUCGUGUCUCAGCAGAAUAUGUUUCUGAUUCCCACGUCAUUUUCACCACUGAAAUAGUUUUCCACUGAAGUAAGAAGCAUUUCAUGAAUGGCCAUAAGAUGUGUCUGCUGAUGCUGCUUAAAUUCUCCCAAAAGGGUCUCCCUUUUAUCUGAAGUAGCUGGUUAAUUCGAGAUGGGUCUGCAUGUGUGAGCCACCUGUGUUUUUUGUCAUUACCACCUCAGGAAAUAGCUCUGCUCAUUUUCCCUAUGGCAUUUCAGUAGCUGUGAUAAUAUUAGAGAUAGCUGCCACGACUUCAUGAUAUUGAGUUUUCGUUUCUUUCAGAAUCUCUCUUAUUCUCUAUUUUGACAACCUUGGCUUUAUAGCAUUCUCAUAUAUUUUAAUAGUGUUUCUACACUCUGUGCCUGACAAUUUUUACAAUUAUUUCCAUGCAAUGUCUCUAUUUUCAUUAUGUCUGCUUUUUGAGAUUUAAAAGAAAUUUUGUACAGUAAAAUAUAUUUUGUGAUAUCAACUGGGAUUCAUAAGGAUUAGAACCAAAUAUAUCUUUUUACCUUGAGAAAGUACAGUAUCACCUAUGUCAUCUGUAUUAAUUAUGGUUUUCACAUUAUUAGUCACUAUAACUUGGAAAAUAAUGUAAUUAGGCCUCAAUGGUAAAAAAAACUUCAGAAGACCUGUUUUAUGUGCUGAAAUGUGUUCAUUUGUAGUUUAUUUGAUUAACUUUUGUUCAUUUUGGAUCGCUAUUUAACAAAGAUACUGGGACAUCUAUUUGUUUUAAAGAGAUUUUGUGGUUAUGGAAACCCUAAUAAAAGCCUACGUAUCCAUUAUGAA